GUGUGAAAUCAACUUUUGCCCAUAUUGGAACUUGGAAGCCUCGCAAGUCGCAACCAGGUUCCUGUAACACCAAAGAGUCCUUAGCCCUACGGCGCCGUGGCUGAAAUCCAGUUAGCUGGUACAAACAGAACAAGCAAACCUCAAAAAAGCAACCAAACUAUGGACUUCGAGAAAAGAAAAGCAGCAACAAUGGCAGCCAUGAACUCAACAGAAACAGACAAAUCUCCCAAAGGCACAAUCGAUACACCAAUCAUACCUCUCCUCAACACCAUAAACAACCACCCUUCCUACUACACCACCUCCUCUUGCUCCGGUCGCAUCUCCAUUUUCUCUCACCUCCCCAACAAACCCAAAGGCGGCACUUGGCUCUUCAUCUCCCACCACCCCGUCAACCCCACCUCAAUCCUUACCCUUCUCUUUCCCGAGUCACCUCACUCGGAUGAGUCGACUCAGCCCGACUCGUCCGAGUUGGUGUUCCGAUUCGAGCCCCUGAUCAUCGCGGUGGAGUGUAAGGACGUGGGUGCGGCUCAGUUUUUGGUGUCGUUGGCUAUAUCUUGUGGGUUCAGAGAAUCUGGGAUCACUAGUGUGAGUAGUAAGAAUAGGGUGAUUGUUGCAAUUCGUUGUUCUAUAAGGUUGGAGGUUCCUUUGGGGUGUAGAGGAAGGAUUAUGGUAGGUCCUGAGUAUUUGGGGUAUCUUGUGGAGAUUGCUAAUCAAAAGAUGGGUGCUAAUUUGAAGAGGACUCUAGGGUUUUUGGAGGGUUUAAGGAAUAAUGGGUUUGUUGGGACUGAUGUCGUACCCGAGGGCGGGGAUGGAAACGGGUUCAGUGGUGGUGUUGAUGGUGAUGGUCCGGUAUUUGAAGAGGUUGGAGUGUCUAAUUUGGACAGAGAUUCUGGGCCACUGGGAAGUGUCUGCUCCAGUCUAGCCAUUAUUCCCAUGAAAAUUGUUGGAGAACAUGCAGAGAGGCUGUUCCUAUGGGGUCAUUCUUCUUGUACAAUAUAUAAUGCUGACCACAAAGAGAUUCUGAUAUAUGGUGGUUUUGGAGGCAUAGGGAGACAUGCACGUAGAAGUGACUGUUUGCUGCUUGAUCCAUCAUCUGGCAGAUUCUCUGUGUUAAAUGUUAAGGGCUCUCCAUCUCCACGUAUGGGUCAAACUUCUUCAUUAGUUGGAGGUUCAAUGAUUGUUGUUGGAGGGAGAGCUGAUCCUACCAAUAUCCUAGAUGAUUUAUGGAUCUUCAAUAUUGAGAAAGCUGAAUGGAAAAUGGUAGGCAAUGCUGGUGACGUGUUUACCCCGAGGCAUCGUCAUGCAGCUGCUGUUGUGGGUUUGAAUAUAUAUGUAUUUGGUGGACUUAAUAACAACACAGUGUAUUCUUCUUUACUCGUGCUAGAUGUAGAUACAUUAAGAUGGAAGGAGGUUAAUGCAUGUGGAGAUUUGCCCUGUGCCCGACAUUCACAUUCAUUGGUUGCCUAUGGCAAUAAAUUGUACCUCUUUGGUGGAUACAAUGGCGAGACAGCAUUGGGGGACCUUUAUAGUUUUGAUGUUCAAGAAUGCAGAUGGACAAAAGCUGAAACAGUAGGAAAGGCUCCCUACCCAAGGUUCUCGCACUCAAUGUUUGUGUACAAAGAUUAUUUAGGAAUUAUUGGGGGUUGUCCUGUCAGACAGCACUGUGAAGAGUUGUCCUUGCUUGACCUAAAAACUUCUUUAUGGAAGCACGUGAUCUUGGAUUCAGUAGGCAAGCAGUUGUUUGUUCGAAGCACUGCUAAUGUUGUCAAUGAUGAUUUGAUUGUGAUCGGUGGUGGAGCAUCCUGUUAUGCAUUCGGUACGAAAUUCAGUGAGCCAUCAAAGAUUAAUUUGCUAUCAUUGUUAACUCUUGAUGAUGAUAAUGUGUCAUCCGUGUCUAAUGAGAAGCAGAGCACACCUCUAUAUGUGGAUGCUGUUGAGAAAAGAAACAGCAUUAGUAUACUUCAUAAUGGAAGUGAAAAAUUAUCUGAUCUGGGUGCGAGCUUGAAUGUGGGUGGCAAAUCACCUAGUAGAGAUGUUGGACAUGCCAAACAGACUUCCUAUUGGGUUCUAAAACUGGAAAAAAGGUAUGCUAAAUUGGGAAAGGACACACUCAAAAAGUUUGGCUGGUUAGAUCUUGAUCGAAAGGUGUAUUCCCAUGAAGAUGGAUCUUGCAUAUAUUUCCCUGUUACUGAUAAGUUUAAUGCUAUAUUCUCUGACGAGCUAUUCCAGAAGAGAGGGACACUUGAAGUAUUGAGUGACCUUAAUAUUGCAAAAUGUUCUAUUGAUUCUCAAGCCACUGCCUUGGAUUUUCUAGUGGCUUGCGGUGCCACUAAGCAGAAUGAUGAACUAGUUGCAAUGAAGAAAACAGCUAUCUCUCCCUUGGAAGCAAUGAAGGGAGCUGUGGCCUUGCUACUGAAAUAUAAUGGUCUAUCUGAAGGGCUCUUGGAGCAGCUACCAACCAGGUGGGAGAGGCUUGGUGACAUCAUUGUUCUCCCUGUCACCUCAUUCAGAGACCCUGCAUGGGAUACCAUAGGCAGUGAGCUUUGGUCUGCUGUUGCUAAAACUCUUGGUGCUCGUCGUCUUGCUCGCCAGGAUCAUGUUGCUUCAACUGGAACACGAGACAGUCGUCUAGAGAUCCUUAUCGGAGAUAAUGGUUGGGUUGAACAUCGUGAAAAUGGAAUACUGUAUUGCUUUGAUACCACAAAGUGCAUGUUCUCCUGGGGAAACCUUUCAGAAAAACUUCGCAUGGCCCGCUUGGACUGCAGAGAUGAAGUUAUCGUGGAUCUUUUUGCGGGGAUCGGAUAUUUUACAUUGCCUUUUCUUGUAAGAGCUCAUGCUAAAUUGGUUUAUGCCUGUGAGUGGAAUCCCCAUGCUGUUGAGGCUCUUCAUCAUAACCUUCAAGCCAAUAUGGUGUCUGAUCGCUGCAUUGUACUUGAAGGAGAUAACCGGCUUACAGCUCCUAAAGGAGUUGCUAAUCGUGUCAGUCUUGGCCUCCUGCCAUCUAGCGAGGGGAGCUGGGUUACUGCUGUGAGGGCAUUAAGGUGUGAGGGCGGAACACUUCACAUACAUGGGAAUGUGAAGGACUCGGAGGAGAGCCAAUGGGCACAACAUGUGUUAAACUCAAUUUUUGAACUUGCUAAAGCAGAAGGUCACUGUUGGAAUGUGUCGUUGGUGCAUUUGGAGAGAGUGAAAUGGUAUGCACCUCAUAUCCGCCAUCUUGUCGCGGAUGUAAGAUGUGAGCAAAUUCUGAAAUGAAGAACAGCAAAUGUACUUGGUGGCUGGUGCUUUUGGAAUCAGGAUGUAAUCUUUUGUACAAGUACACAUGGGACUUGGGCUGCGCCAUCGAUCACAGGUAUAAGCCCAGCCAACUCGACAUCCCUCGUAAACCCCCCUCCCGAAAAUACGCUCUCGAGCAUCGAACUCUCGACCACAAGGGUAGAAAGAGAGGGUUUCACCACCUCAACCAACGAUGAUUCUCUAAAAUUGAUACAGGACUACAGUGGAGCAUGUAAGGAUAAAGAACGUGUGCUUAUAAGUAUAUUUUUUGCAAUAUUGGUAUUUUUGUAACGAGACAUGUAUUGUAUCCUUAAUUGAAGUCGAGCUGAAGCUUAGGUAAUUUAGAACAAGCUUGCUUGGUGGAGGUGGUGGUGGUAGGGAACUCACCUUGUUACUUUUAGGUCACAAGUUCCAACCUCACUACCUACUUGUGCUUGGGAGUAGGUUUCCCUUAUAUCUCCUACUCCCAUCCCCUACUCUCAAGCGUUAACUUGUGUAGCUGAGUUCAUUGAUACGCGAGAGAUGCUUGUUCAUAAGGUCUUUUUUCUUACCAAGGGGUUUCCCGGUGGGCACCCCCCCAAAAAAAGAGCUAGGUAAUUUAGAUUGUGUCAUUAUAUUACAGGUAACUUUUUGAAUAAGUGCUUGUGUUUUUUUUUGUUAGCUAGCA